CUCGUCACUUUGCAACAAAAUCUUGACCCACCAAAGAAUAAAUGAGCAAACAAAUUAGGUAAUAGGAAUCGAUUAAGAGAAAAAAGGGAGCAAGACCUACAUUAUUAUUGACUUACUGUCUGUUAAUUCCUUAGCACGCGGGAAAGUGGGCAAUCUUCAUGGUGGGCUUUUUCUUGGAUGACCCAAGAUUUUAGCAGUGGCACACUACUGUUCCAGAUUCACCAAAUCGAGUGUUCUUUCUUCCUCUUUCACUCUCUUCUCAGGUCUCCUCGCCUUUUCCUCGGUGCUCAUCCCAUGAUCAUGAUGCCUCCGCCGUCUGCGAUUCUCCGCUUUCCUUCAAUCUGCAAUCCUGUGUUCGUCAGCAACUACAACGACACUUGCAAAUUCCCGAGAGUUGAUGCCGUCAAUUUCCUUCCACCAACAUCCACGAAGAUUUCCGCGGCCAAACAUCCCAAUCUUCCAUGCCUCACUGCGGAGAAGCAUGGGUUAAAGGAAACCGAUUCGAUUGACAACUGUCGAACCUUAUCCGUCGAAGAAAAAGAAGGAGACCACCAGUGGCGAGGCAGUUUCGAGAAGAAUCUCUUCGUGGCUGCAAUUAGAGCAUUACCUGGUAGACGGAUGAGUACCCUACUCGCCAAUUUCGAGAAAGAUGGCAACUUUGGUUGCAUUUCAGACUUCAACGACCUUCUCAAUGCAUUGGUCGCGGGCAAUAAGCUCAACCUCGACCUCGCCCUGCAACUCUACUCCAGAUUAUCAUCCUACGGCUUGGAGCCAGAUUCGUCCACAUUUUCAGCCAUGAUCGAAUGCCACUGCAAGAGAAACGAUGUUGAAGAAGCGGAAAGGGUUUUGAAUCAGAUGCUGGACAGUGGGUGUGCCCCGCCAGAAGUUUCAGUUUUCACCACAUUAAUCCACUGUUUCUGCCAAAGGGGGAAAUUGCAGAAAGCGUUUCGGGCUCUUGACAUGAUGGAAAAGGUGGGGAGGAAACCUUCUGUUCAAACAUACAAUUGCUUGCUCAAGGGAUUGUGUUACGUGGGGAGAGUGGAAGAAGCAUUUGAGCUGCUGCAAGAUAUCAAGAAAUUGUCCACUGUGCUACCCGAUAUGUACACGUACACGGUGAUGAUGGACGGGUAUUGCAGGGUGGGUCGAUCAGACGAGGCGAUGGAACUGAUGAAGGAAGCUUUGGAGAUGGAGUUACAGCCAACGGCAGUCAGUUUCAAUGCUCUGUUCCAUGGGUAUAAUAAGGAAGGGAGGCCCCUCAAAGGAAUCAAACUCUUGCAGCAGAUGGAACAGAGAGGUUUAUCGCCUGAUUACGUUUGUUAUAGCACAUUGUUGCGAGGUUUGUUGCUGUGGCGGCAAAUUCCAGCUGCUGCCCUAAUAUACGAGCAAAUGGUGGGUUGCGGUUAUGAAGCUGACGAAGGGUUGAUGAACAAUCUCCUGAGAGGUUUGUGCAAUAGGAGGACACUGGCCGAUGAUGGUCUUUUUCAAGUUGCACACCAGGUGUUCGAGAAAAUGAAAAAGAGGGGUUUCACCAUAGACUGCAGGGCUUAUAACGUUGUUAUCGAGGUCCUCUGUCGGUUGAAUAAAGUCGACGACGCUUUGGUGAGUUUGCGGGAGAUGAUUAACUUGGGUAGCACGCCGAGAGUAAUCACUCUGAACAUUUUGAUUCGAACUCUUUGUGAAAGAAGGGAGGCAAAUAAGGCAGUUGGUAUUCUAGUUCUCAUGUUAGAAAACCAUAUACAGCUUCCCAGAUUGUCAUAUGACAGUUUGAUUGACGAACUGAAUCGGCAAUGCCUGUAUUUUGGAGCUUCUUCUGUUUAUAGCUCGGCACUUGUUCGAGGUGUGGUUCCUCAGAAUGAGCCACACACGUAAGUUUUAAGCAGCUAUGUAAAUUGUAUGCAAAACUUACACUAUUGAGAUGAACUCAUGGUUGACAGAUUACAAUAGUAACGUAGAAAAUCUACCCUG